AUGCAUUACAUACGGCUCCUUAGAGCCCCUAAACUCACAUUUCAAAAGGAGAAGGGGAAAAAGCACCCAUGGUCUCUGAAUAUCGUCUUGACUGUUACCACGGACUUGGGAGACUCGUUUCUCGUUCCCGAUGAACCGGUCAAGAUCAAGGUUGUCCUCGGUUGGGAACUACCGCGUUCGGAAGAUGCCAAUUCCAUGAAACUUGCGGGGGAAAAGACGCUGCAGUGGACUUCGGGCAUGCGGGUCUUGAAGGCCGAUUUCCCCGCCAUACAUCUUGAACCAACAUCAACUCUGCCAGCGGGAGAGACCCCCUUGCGCGUAUGGAUCACGGCUGGACCAAGGCAGUAUGCUGGAACUGCGGAAACCAUCGCAAUGGCCGGUUUCAAUAACACCGAGGACGGGAAGAUUGUGCCUCUCUGGGCGAACGUCGAGGUCCCUGGCAGCGAAGCACCGACGACGUGCUUAAGACGCAUACGGCUUGGCAGACGGCAGAGGCCGUUCAUCGAGGUUGAGGAGGAUAUCGGGGAGAGCAUAGCUCGUCACGUCUGGGAUGCCGGCAUGAUGGUUGUUUCGAGGCUCUGGCUGCUCUGCGAGGGGGAUUCCAGCAUUAGUGCCGGGCAUCCUCUAUCCAUGACGACGCUGCAGUCGCUACUUGUCAGUGAGGAUACCGUAAAUAUCCUCGAGCUCGGGUGCGGCGUUGGCAUUUUCGGCAUCGGACUUGCUCGCAUGUUGUCUCAGAGACAUGAUUCGUCCAAGAAGGGAAGAAUCGUCAUGACCGAUCUCCCCGAAGCUGAAGAACGUGCUUGCACCAACAUCAACAUCCUGGACAAGAUGGGUAUCCCGUCAAUUCGGCCGGAAUAUGAAAAUCUCGACUGGGACGACGGAAGGGACGGAGAUUUCGGGCCGCUCGUCAAGGACACAUUUUGGGACCUUGUGGUGCUGAGCGACUGUACUUACAACGCCGACGCGCUGCCCGCCCUCAUCGACACCUGGACGGCGAUUCAUAAGCAGAAUGUAGCGUUAAGACCAAAGACUGAGCAAGUUGCUACCCGAGUCCUGGUCGCGAUGAAGGUGCGCCAUUCGGACGAGGACCGGCUGUGGCAGCUUGUCGAGGAGAACGGUUGGGCUGUUACGGAGCAGACGGUGAUGCCGCUGCUGAUGCUGGGCGGAGAGCCACAGGAGAUAUUUUUGUAUCUAUUUGAGAACAAGAAGCGCGCGUUUUCGUAA